AACAUCCGGUCGCGAGCGUUGACCGGAUUAGCUUAGUUUAGCUUCACUGCAGCAUCGAUAACAGUAAUGAGAAUCAAGAGUAGACAUGUGUUCUGUCAUGUUGUAUCCAAAGUAGGGAUUCGCCCACCUGGUUUAUAACCGAACAAUAUAAAUCCCCUUGACUUUCCUUCGGUGUGAGGGUUCAAAUAAGGUGUGAAUGAGUGACGUGGUGCCUCCCACAGCUCUCAGUGAAGUCCAGCUCCGGUUCCUGUGCCACGAUGACAUAGACAGUGUGAAACUGCUCUGUGGUGACUGGUUCCCAAUUGAGUACCCAGACUCAUGGUACCAGGACAUCACCUCCAACAAGAAGUUCUUCUCUCUCGCUGCCACCUUCAGAGGAGGUAUUGUGGGAAUGAUUGUGGCUGAGAUCAAAGGUCGGACCAAAGUACAUAAAGAGGAUGGAGAUGUUCUCGCAUCCAGUUUCCCCGUGGACACACAGGUAGCCUACAUCCUCAGCCUGGGAGUGGUUAAAGAGUUCAGGAAACAUGGCAUAGGCUCCUUACUGCUGGACAGUCUGAAGGAGCACAUUUCGACAACAGCCCAGGACCACUGUAAGGCAAUCUACCUGCAUGUUCUCACCACCAACAACACUGCCAUCCACUUCUACGAGAACAGGGACUUCAAGCAACACCACUACCUGCCCUACUACUACUCCAUACGUGGCGUCCUGAAAGAUGGCUUCACAUAUGUGCUCUACAUCAACGGGGGUCAUCCACCUUGGACAAUAUUUGAUUAUAUCCAUCACAUCGGUUCAACCCUAGCCAACCUGAGCCCCUGCUCCAUCCCGCAGAGGUUGUAUCGACAGGCUCAGUCUUUGCUGCGAUCUCUGCUACCGUGGUCCAACAUCGCCUCCAAAACCGGCAUACAAUACAGCCGAACAAUGUGACUCGACAUUGCAGGAAGCCCAAGUGUUCUGUUUCUCCUCCGUCUUCCCUAAUGCAGCUAUACAUUCACCCCCUGGGCAUGCUGUGUAGAACACAGAUUGCGGGUUCAACCCGAUUCAAUGCACACAUGAAAUGUAGGUCUGCCGCUCUGCGCAAGCUGCUGCACCCAUAUCAAAUAGUGCAAUGUUGUGUUUACACUGAUGAGCAAUUGCGGGGGAAAUUUUCGUCAUCUUUUACUUGAUGCCGUCACUACUAUUUCAUUCCAUGUUCCGAUAGAAGUGUGUCGAGUCUAUCAUACCGAAACCUAGCAGUCAGUAUAAGACCUGUCUCUCAAAACAGGUGACUGAGCAGACGUCUUUGUUUUGGUAUGGGAGGGAUUUUUAACACACUGUCCGGUGGCUCCAACCUGACCUAUAUUUCUGCCCUGCUUCAGUCAAUUCAUUCACGUGUUUGUCUACUAUUGGUAUAUUAUAUAUACUAAGGUAAUAGAGUUCACGUAGAGUAUAAUGUAUUAUAAUGAAUGAUAUUGCUGCUGCCCAUUUGAAAUAAGCACCCUUUCUCUUUUGACUCGAUUGAAUGUGAGUCCAUAUCAAAUUGUGACAUUGGGACCCUAGAACAAAUGGCAUUGGACUGUGAAUAUAGCAACGCAUUUUUUAGGCUUGUAGUGUCGAGUAGAACGAGUAAUUUAUCGGGAACAAUGAAAGACUGCAGAUUGGCUAUUUUAGUAUCAUUGACGUGUGAAAUGAUGUGUCCUUUGGAAAACGGCUGAACAUUGUUUUCUUUGUGCAAUAACUAAAUAAUAAUGUACUGUAAUGUAUUUGUGACAUCAGCGCCUAGUCGGAACACGCUGCAACACAAUGUUUACAGGCAUUUCACAUGAAGCAGUUUUAAAAUCUUACACGGCUAUUGAGUUGGCUUACUAAAAUACCCAUGUAGUAUAAUCCGUACAAGAAGGGCGCAGUCGCUCAGGUCCUUAUUUUAAAGGUUUUUUAAAAAAAAACUGGAUGCAGUCUGCUGCUUCCCUUCUCUGUGAAGUUGCUGCUAAUGUAAAUGAAUGACCACUCGUCUGUCGUAUUUGAAAUUAUACUGUAAUUCAGAUUUGAUUUUUAACAUCUGCUUGAUAGAGAUAUCGUAUACGAAUGGUUAUGCUCCCGAAAUAGAAAUACCUGUUACAUCUGUGUGUUUGCAAGGUCAUCAAUUAGCACGCAUUAAGUGCCAAAUCGUGGUCUCAAUACUACAUUCAGCCAAACCUUUUUUUUGUUUUGUUACAUUUCUCCACUUUGAUGGCAUUUUGUCACACACUAUAUGUAACUGUGACUGUGAAAUGUGUUGUUCAAAGGUGUCAAUUUCAAAUGAUUAUUUCAGACAGUUUGUAUGCAAUGCAAGUUCCUUUGAUUGUAAACAUGAUCUGACCUUUUUGGGGUCUUAACGUCACAAUCUAGGACUCAUUUCACCUUGGGAUUACUAAUUUGAAAAAAAUAUGACUCUUGAGCAGUUUUAAAUGAUAAACAUUCACACAUUU